GUAUUACAAAUAAAAUGAUACAAAAGAUUUAAUAAAUGAUACAAAGUUUUUUGUAUGAAUUAAACGAACUACGUACAAACAUUUUGAGACGAUACCUUAGUGCAUCUCAAAAUCUUUGAUCACUAGAAAACACAUGAUUUAUGUAAUAUACUAUUGUGUAUUUUUAGAAGUAAAAAAUUCAUUAAUAACGUGAUGAAAUGAUUUGGUUUUCGAUAUUUGUUGUAGUUCAUCUCUCAUUUGUACAAGGAGUAAUACCGAAUCCUACAGUUGAAAUUACAGAAGGCACUGCAACAGUGAAUGCAGGCUCUAAUUUACAACUCAACUGUAGCAUUGAAACAGACAUUACUGCUGUCACAUUUAAAUGGUUUAAAAAUAAUAAUCAAGUCCCUGAUGAAAUUUCGCAGACAUUAAAUAUCACUAAUAUUACAAAAGAAAAAGCUGGUGUAUAUUCUUGUACAGCAAAAAAUGGAUCUGGUUCUGAAAUGUCAUCAUCAAAAAAUCAGAGCAUAGUUGUUAAUUACUUGGAAAAUGCAGGAUUGACUAUUUCACCAACAUCGACAACUCCUAAUGAAGGUGACAGUAUCACUUUUAAUUGUGGUGUGGAUACAAACUUAAACCCAGUUUCUUAUUCAUUCCAAAAAGAUGGUAAUGUUAUAACAACAGGUGGUAAUAACGUCUUCAUUAUAUCAAAGGCGAUGGAAUCAGAUUCUGGAUCAUACAUGUGCACUGCAUCAGCAUCAACAACAUCUCCUCUUUCAGUCACGAGUAAUUCUGUAUCAUUAACAGUGAAUGAAUUGUUUCGAACUCCCACACUAGCUGCAUCACCAAAUAAUUUAAAUUCUGGUGAAACAAUUACAUUAACAUGUACUACAUCCUCACCAAGAAAUAUUGUGUACAAAUUUCAAAAAGAUACUGUUGACUUUACACAAUUUCAGUCAUUAGCUGUAUACAACAUAACUACUCAAACUUCGGACAGUGGUUCUUACAGAUGUAUUGCACAAGUUAAUAAGGUAGAGAAAGUGUCGUCACAAGUUACUGUUACAGUGACAUUAAAAGUUUCCAUCACAAUCACACCAACAUUUGAAGGACAAAACAUGAAUAUCACAUGUAAUGUGGAAGGUGGAGAAGAAGCACAAUCUUUUAGUUGGAAGAAAAACAGAGUUUCACUUACUGAAACAUCUAAAACACUUGUGGUACAGAAUGUGCAACGUUCUAUGAUUGGGAUUAAUUAUAGCUGUAUUGCUUUAUCACAAGCUCUCACGCCGAGUAACGAAGCUUUUGCGACUUUGUCAAAUGCCAAUAUAUAUUAUAACGCCUCUGAAUUAAUAUUCACACCUUCUAAUGAAAAUGAAGGUAAAGUUGGUGAAAAAUUCUCAAUGACAUGCUACGCAAGUGACUAUGGAAACCCUCAAGCAACUUUAGGUUGGUAUAGAAAUGGUAUUGCAGCUUCUACUGAACAACCAGGUAAACCUGUUUUAUAUACCAUCGAUCCUGUAACAAGAGACAGCACUGGUGAUUACAUAUGUAAAGCCAAAAACACAGCUGGUGAAGUUAAGAAGACAUUUACUUUUACAGGCAUAGAUAAGCCAGAUUCUCCAACUUUAAAUAUUUCUUCAAAAACGUCAACGUCGAUUACAGUUUUAAUAACACCACCUGCAUACACAGGAAAUAAACCAAUCACAUAUUACAUGUUAGAAUACAAAGGGGAUGGAAAGAAUAUCUCAAAAAAUAUAACAGACCUAACAAACCUGAUGUAUACUAUACCAGCGUUGAAACCAGCAGUAGAUUAUCAACUAAGGGUACAAGCUGUAAAUGUUAUUGGAGCAGGAGAGUUCAGUGAAUUUGUAAUAGCAACAACAGGAGAUGCUUCUCCAUCAGCUCCAGGACAAUUUGGUCAUGACACCAUAUCUCGACCCCAAGAAAUUACAUUAUCAUGGUUAAAACCUAAUCCUUCGAAUGGUUUGAUAACAAAUUACAAAGUGUGUUACAUACAAGAUACCAAUGAUGGUAUUAAAGUUGAAAACUCUGUUGAGAAUUGCACUGAUGUCGGUAAUGUUACCGCAUUUACAUUAACAGGGUUAGGUUUUUACAAUGGCUACAACUUCUCAGUCAGUGCAUAUAACUCUGCCGGUUUUGGUCAAAAUGCUACUCAAACUCAAAUAUUAACACAGGAAGGAGUACCUACCACAGUGCGAGACAUAAUAUUGACUGUAACAGAAACCUCUGUAGAAGCAAAGUGGACACACCCAGAGCAUCUUCGUGGCAAAUUGUAUGGUUAUACAGUUAAAUAUCGUCUUUCGUCAAAAGAUACAGAAAAUGAUGUCAACGAAUGCAGGAAUGAAACAAAAUUAUCAUGUACAGUCAGCAACUUGCAGCCAUUUCGUAAUUACACGGUGAUAAUAACAGUUUUCAACAGUUUGUUUUCAAGCAAAACAAAUGAAGUGACUCAGACUCUUGCUGGAGCACCACCACCUCUUGAUAAAGAUUUGCCUGAUCCACCUGCUGAUAGAAUUGCGGAGACUAGCUUUGCGAUAAAAAUUUUAAAAUUCAAGGAGACCAAUGGUAAAAUUGCUCAUUAUGACGUAAUUGCAGUGAAACGAACUAAUUCUUUAUAUUCUAAAAAUCCUCAAGAUAUAAAGAACAACGAAAUUAAAACUUUUGUUGUUGGCCGUCUUUACAAGGUGGUGGACAACCAGUUGUUCACUGUUGGAGGAGGACAGACAAGCAAGAGAAAAAGACGAGCACUUGGCAUUCCCAACAAUGGUGAAUUGGAAAAAGACACAACAUAUGUUGUUUUCGUUCGUGCGUAUGUUAAUGACAAUUUAUAUCAAUCGACCAAAUGGUAUACACCAGUUAAAACUGCUAAAAGUGAAAUAGAUGAUUGUCAACCAUUAAAAAUUAUCAUUGUUUCAGUUCUCGUAACAUUAGUUAUCACAUUGGUUAUAAUUACUAUCGUGUUGGCAAUUUUAAAACAGAAAGGUUUGAUCACUGUGAACAAGAAACGUAAUGAGAAACCACAAAACGUUGAAACUGAUGAUUAUGAAGUAGCUGAAACAACUCACUAUGCAGACCUUAAUAUUCAAGAUAGCAAACCAAGUUUUUACACUGACUUGAAAACCCUAAAAGAUGGUUCAAACGAUUAUGCAGAAAUUGAAUUAAACGAAACGCCGAAAAACAUCUAUGCUAAUGUUAAAAAAUAAACAUAUUUAUUUUCUUUGUAAUAAUAACUGUUCUCUGUCGGGCUUGAAAUCCAUAACAAUCAGACAAAAGGCGAAAAGACUAAAAAGUAAUCCGCAGCUUAAAUUUAUAUAGUGUUUAAUCUUGCACAGCCUAAAAAAUGCAGAAAUAUAUCCAAAACUUAGCGGUGUAUGCAAAUGAGCCAAUCAGAAGGCUGCGAUAUAUAUUCUGUUUAAUCAAUGUUGCUAUUGCUCAUUUCCAGGGUGACAAAAUUUUUUACGAUAGCGACAGUGAGGUUGUUUUGAAAAUAUGUAUUUGGAUGAUAUGAUGGAUUUCUUUACUUUUAUUCUUGCAUUUUUUUCUUAUUUUUUUGCACUUUGUAUUGUAAUAUUUCUAAGUUUUAAGGAAAUAAAAUUAGAAACCAUUUUUA